AAACGGAGUUCGAAAAACAUUUGCAAUUUAUCUAGUGUAAUGCAAGCCGUGGCUAUUCACUUGUCCGUUCCAAGAUGGAGAGGAAACAACAUCACGACUGCUCUCGCGCAAGGUGGUUGUAAACAGAGGCGGUUUCGUCGAUGAUUCUGCUGCUUGUCCCGCGUGAAAUCGACGAGAACGUGCAAUGGCGAAAUCUGUGCUGAGCUCGGACACGCCACCGAAGGCGGGUCGAGUAAACGAAAUGUGUCGUGAAUGGUUGGUGCAUGAGGACGAAGCGCUGGCUUAUCGGCUUCAGGAUGAAGAAAUCAAGGAGCAUUACAUCGGCAACAAAACACGUAAUGCGCAAGUGAGGGAAGAUUUAUCGCGAGCCAAAGUUGAACAGGAAUUAGAAGCAUUGAGAUAUCAAAGCUAUGUUCAACAACAAGAAGAGAGAGAUGCGCUCGUUGCAAGGCAGAUUGCACUUUCUCUGGAGCGAGAAGAGAAGCAGAGAGAACGUGAAUUGCAAGAGUCGAUGAGAUUACAACUAAGGUUGGGAGAUGAGGCUAUGCAGCAGGAGAUUGAGAAGCGUAUACAGGAAGAAAAAGAUGAGGAACUGGCAAGGAAGUUGCAGAAAAAAGAAGAGGUAGACAAUCACGAGAAUCCGGAAAGCGAGCAAAUUAUGUUGAAUCAGAAAUUAGCAAUGGAGGCGCAGGAUGCUGAAUUAGCGCGUGUGCUUCAAGAUAAGGAGCGCGCGAAAGCGUGCAGAGCGAGAGAGAGAGCAAAGCAGAAGAAGCUGGAGCGAGAACGUCUGCAGCAUCAGCAACAGCAACAUCAGUUGGACGAGCCAAAUCUGGUGGAACGACCUCAGAGACCAAACAGACUGGACUUACGGACUCCGCCGGUCAAAAAUCGAGCUCGUAAUCCCGUCAAUUAUCCACAGUAUCCGGAUCCUGAAGAGAUCCAGACGCUGGAUGAUACCAAUAACGUGCGAGAAAUGGCAAACGUCGCGGCCAUCAUCGAUCCCACUUACAACGCACAUCGGGGUACUUCGAGCAGCUCGAAUAAUACAGUAAGCCCUACGUAUGCACUGCCAACGCCGCCGCAGGAGCUGAUGACUGAUGACGUACCUUGUUAUAUGCCAAUUCAAGGGCAGCGACGAAAUCAGGUUCAGUCGCCAUCUAAUACGCAUGAGAAGAAGCACAAACGGCGCGUCAAAGACGGCUCGUGUACUGUCAUAUCUUACGCAAUGAUGUAAUUUGUAUUGCGCAAAAUACAAUGUGAACAAUCAGGACUACUACAAAAACUAAACCAAAAGCUAUAAAAUUAGAAGACAUCUUAUAUAUGUAGAUACAAACAGAUUCUUUGUUAUAUUGUUACAAGUCAGAAAUAUUAUAAGACAUCGAAUUAUAAAAAUAGGUAAA